AUGCUGGGCUGCGGCGGGUCGCGGGCGGUCAGGGUCGCUGUGCUGGUGGCGGUGAUUGGGGUCCUGCUGGCUGUGAUCCGGCAAUGGCUGAUGAGCAAACCGUACACCUUCUCCCGGGAGGAGAUCUCCGCCCUGGCCCGGGAACACGCCGGUUUGGACUAUGAAGUCGCCUUCUCCAAGAUCAUCAUUGAGCUGAGGAAGAAGCACCCCGGGCACAUCUUACCGGAUGAGGACCUGCAGUGGGUGUUUGUGAACGCCGGAGGGUGGAUGGGCUCCAUGUGCCUCCUGCACGCCUCCCUCACUGAGUAUGUGCUGCUGUUCGGUACAGCCGUGGAUACCAGCGGCCACUCAGGACGUUACUGGGCGGAGAUCACGGACACAGUCCUGUCUGGAACAUUCCGCCAGUGGAAGGAAGGCACAACGAAGGGUGAAAUAUUUUAUCCCGGAGAUACCAUCAUACACGAGGUGGGGGAUGCCACAGCCGUCCAGUGGAGCGCCGGGACGUGGAUGGUAGAGUACGGCCGGGGGUUCAUCCCCUCCACAUUGGGUUUUGCUCUGGCUGACACCUUCUUCAGCACCCAGGACUUCCUCACCUUCUACUACACCGUCAGGAUUUACUGCAAGGCGCUGCUACUGGAGGCCAACACCUACCUGUCCGAGGUGGGGUUCUUCUGA